AUGGAGACCAAGAGUUCACCCCAGAUGAAGACACCCAGCAAACGGAGUUCCGUCACGGAGGAUCUAUUGCAAACAGAGGUAGCCAGUCCAGCAUCCGCAAUAUCUGUUCAGAGUGCCAAGAGCAGUGGUCACUUGAUACAGGGCCAAUCUGAGCAACUCAGUUCCCCAUUAGGCGAGGCAGCUAUCCGGUGGCCAAAGUUGAAGAAGGUUUCCAAAGAGGCAACAUUUGAGGCGGAAAAAGAGCCACUUCCGUGGCUCAAGAGACCGUUGCGUCGUGUGCACAAAGAAGAGAAUAUGUCGCAGCAAGCCCAGGAACAGAAGACUGCUGAUGUUGAGUUAUGGAGAUCGCAGCUUCGAAAAGUUUCAGGCGGAGAAGCUGAGUCUUCCGAGGUACACAACACACAUCACGUCGAUCGCAAGCGAGCAGACACUUGCCUCUCCUGCCGUCAUGAUACACCAUCACAAUCGCAUGCCCAUGCCGAUGACAAAAAGAGCAAGUCGAAUACUGCCACGAACUGUGCAGAGAGGAUCGACAGCACGAAGCAAGGUGUGCAGGAGAACCAGGCUUACGCAAUGAGUCAAAAUGGCCUUGAAGAGGUGAAAAAGUCGAUCUCUCAGAGAUCGAACUCGAGAAGCUCGACAACGACGGAUGUAGAAUCGAAGAAUGUGAACCAAGUCACCCGAACUUUGGAGGCUGGCUAUUCUACAUUGGAAAGAUUCGAAGCCGGUGAAACCAGGAUCAACAGCAGCGUGCAGCAGGUGACUCGAUUGUCUCGAUCCCUUGACAACGAAAUUGAGGUCUUCAGUCCGCUACCAAUCAUGCCACCGAAUCACACAUGCUCUUGGAAGGAGCGGUAUCUGAAUUUGACAGCAGAAGUGCGGCAGUUGAAGGCGGAAAUUGUGUCUCGGGACCGACGCGACACGCCUGGAUUGGUGGAUGUGGGUGUCAACGUCAAUCAGGAAGAUGACUAUGAAUUGGGUGUCGAGGGGCUCACCAUUGUCAUGCAUCUCAGAGGCAAAGAUGAUUUAAUCAUCAACACAGACUUGACCCAUGCCUCUUCCAGACUUUGA